GUCACAUAUAUACUUUUUAUAUAUAGUCAAUAGUCACACAUAUAUACUUUAAUAAUUUAAUACAUAUACAUUCAUAAUGAAACCUGAGAGCCACCCAUGUAAACUUGGUCGAAAUGUCAUGGAGAGAAAGCGAAGAUUGCACAUGAAAAAUCUCUUUUGCAGACUUGCCACUCUCUUAAUUACCUCAUACUCCAAGGAAAGAUCGCCAUCAUCACAAGAUUUGUUGGAUCGAGCGACUACUUAUGUGAAGCAACUGCAAGAAAAAGUGGAAAAACUGAAGCAAAGAAAGGAGCAAAUCAAAGGUGGUGAGAAUAGUGGAGAGUCUAAUAUGGGAAGCAACAUUUUACCAGAACUUUCAGUAAGAGAAGUAGGUUCAACUUUGGAGGUGAAUUUGAUUACUGGAAGGGAUAAAAGUUUCGUGUUACAUGAAGUUGUCAGUGUUCUUGGCCAAGAAGGUGCUGAAGUUGUUAGUGCAAGCUAUUCUACUGUGGAUGAUAAGGUCUUCUACACCAUUGUUUCUCAGGCUAUCUGGUCUAGAAUUGGCAUAGAGACUUCAAGAGUGCACGAAAGAUUGAAGAAUCUGAUUUUCUGAAUUAUGCAAUCUUUGUUUUUCUGUGCAAGAGUCACCGGCAGGCGUCCAGUUGAUGAAGCUCAAUUGGGGAAUUCGUAUCUUGGCUUGUAACUUGACUAUAUAGGAAUUUACAAAAUGAGUGUGUAAAAUGAGAGGGUUUGUUAUAUAUA